ACUCAUCUGGGAUACAUAUAUUUUGAUUAAAUUGAUCAGAUUUCUAUUUACAGGAUAGACUUUUUCACCAUGCUGAAUACAGCUGUGUUUACAGGCAUUUGUAGACGAAGAAGAAAACAAAACCCUGCAAUCAGUCCCAGGAAAGCACAGAGCACUCAGAACUUCAAGGAGUUAAAGCUGAGGAGGGCUGCUUUCACAGUAACAGGAAAAUUCUGCAGGCAGCUGCUUUGGCCAUGCUCUCUAGCUCGUCAGGAAAUGGGUGUUGAGCUGAAGCUGAGAAUACAAGCUGCAAUCAAGCCCGAUCCAGCAAAGUGACAGACUUCCUGUGUAAAAUGGUCAGAAAUCUCUCCUUUUCUUCUGUUUCUACAUGCAUGCACAUGCAUUUAAUUCCAUGCUGCAAGGCUGCUCUUUUCUCCGGGGACACUGGUACAGUCACCUAGCCCAUCAGUUUCUUCCCUGACAGCACCGGGAACAUCCAGACUACAAUUUACAGUUCCUCCAUCCAUGUACUUGGUUAUAAAUUAUGCCAUCCUCCCUAGAAUGAGAAUGCAGAGCGAGCGGCAGAAAAACACAACGGCAUUCGGCAUCUCCUCUUUCUUCUCAGGCGCUCCCUCCUCUGCCUCUCUCCAACUCUGCCUCGUUGUCAGGCAGGCAAACACAUCAGAUACCUGGUUUAUCCAUCUUCAGCUCCACUCUCAGGUAAAAUGCCACCAUAUCUCGGCACAGGUUGUCCCCACAGACUCAUCCCCGGGAGAAGCCCGAGCUGAGUGUGUGUGGCGGGGGCUGAGGCUGCGCUUGCCCGGCAGAGGACCGGUGGGCAUCGGAUGGGUAGUGCUCCUCCUAACUUCCCCUUCCCCGGUCCUUGGCGCUGUCUAUCCACCCCACCCCGGGUCUUCUGCUGCGUCACCCUGUCCUCCAGUCCCCUCGUCCGGCUGCGAGGGGACCCUGGCCAGAGCUCCACCGGCAGGUCCUCCUCCCGCACUGCGUAGACCAACGAUUCCAGGUUGGGGUGCACCAUGGCGAAGCGGAGGCCAGGAGACAGCAGGCGCAGCGCAGGUAACCAGGGGAAGCUUGGUGUGCCCACAGCGAUGCAGCCCUGGAGCUGUGAGGAAAGACGGUCUGGUCUGGCUUCAGAAUGAGAAGAAGGAAAAAAAAAAAAAAACGGAAAGAAACACAAAACAGCGCAGCUCAGCGCCUGCGGGGGUAGAAAAAAAAAAAAAACAGACACAAAUCGUAAAAAAAAAAAAAAAAAAAGCAAGAGUUAAAAUCAAAUUUCCAAAAAAAAAGAAAAAAAAAAACAUAGAUCAGAGGACUUCAUGCGACUUUUAUUUCUGACGUUUCUGGGUUUAUUGGCCUCCCCGCCCCCUCCAAAAUCUCUUCUGCCCCUGAAAGAUACUGCCCAUGAGUUGCCGAGUCACAAAGGCUUUUGCUCCAAAGUACUGCAGACCCAGCGUCACAUGAGAAGCCACAUGACAACUGGAGUCGGCUGCUGAUGUGGUCAACUAUGUUGCCGAGGCAGGGGGAGCAGGAGGGAGACAAACAUUAAGCGAGACACGCUGCCAGGAAGAAAUUUCCUUAAAAGAACAAUGAGGAAAAGGCAUCUCUGAAGAAAUGCCUGGGAAUGCCCAUAGACUUUUAUACAUGCACACUUACUAAAGAGACCAUGGGUGCUUGGAGACAUUUUUGAGGAUGCUGUACCGCAGACACUAGCUGGAUGGCAGCAAUAUUAUUUCUAGUUUGUAUUAGCCAAAGCUGAUUCCACUUAAGUGGAUUCCUGAAAAGCACACACCAUGUCUUCAUAGCAUGAUCAGGCUUGGAAAACCAAUUCUAUUAUCUCUCCCUGCAAUCUGUAUCUGAACCUGCAUUCUGAAUAAUUUAUUUUUAGACUAAUACAAUGCUUGCCAAGACCGCUCCCUUUCUUCAGCGAGUGGCGCAGGCAGUAUUCACCCAAGUGGGAGAAGCUCGUCCCGUUGUAGGGAGAAGAGACGAGACGGUUUUCAUCAUUUUCAAAAAAUGCAAUUUCUUAUUUAAAGGCAUACAAACACAUAAUAAAGUUCUCCUGCAAAUAAGCAUUAAAAACAAGUGAAAUGUUUCUGCUUCGUUGAAUUGACAUGUCCCUUAUUUGCAGUCUGGCAUCUCAUGCUGGCAAAUGGUGGUGAUAUUUUUCUAACACUGCUCAGUGGCUGCACUAGAGCACAUGGAUACUGCUACUUCUCAGCAGGGCGAGAUCAAACAACUGCUUUCUGGAGCACUUCUCUGCAGAGGGACCGCAUUGCCAGGUAUGUUUUACUAGUUUCAUUAAGGCUUGUAGGAGAGAGACGGCCUCGGGGCCUUGGAGAUUUCAUCACUCAUCCUGGAAUCAAGUGAACUGCCUCGUUAGGACAUCCUGCCCACGAUGUGAGAGGUAUGUUUCUUUAGAAAAUUAGAUCAUGCCAGCUAACUAGAACCAGAGAAUCAUUAAACAGGUGGCGAAAACUGUCUGCAACUUGUCUUAUUCAACUGCAGACAUCAAGGUAAGU